GCAGUCGAUGCGGAUGACCUAAUCAAGCCAAGUCGGACGAUGGCGACGAGCAGCGAUGGCAGUCCGUGCGAGCAGAUCCUCGCCAAACUCAUCGCCGUGGUCAAGCACACGCAGAUAUCAGGCAGCAACCUCACUCCGCAGACGACGCAAGCCCUCCUGCAAGCCACCAACGAUUACAAGAAUACGCUACUACAGGCCAAGAAAUAUGCUGCCACGCUGCCUGGUGGAGAGCUGAACGCGGAGGAGCAAGAGGAGUUGAUUGCGAUGCUGGAACGAUUGCGGGAUCACAAAAAACAGCAGCUCACUGAGCUCUCGGAGCGCUUAUCGAGUAUGGUGCACAGCGAGAAGAUGGAAGUCGACUCCACGGCUUCCACGCCUUCGUAGACGUACUAGCGUAUAUACACCGAUGGCCAUGCAUAACCGAGGGCGUCUAACAUGACUGACACGGCCAGC